GUAGGCAAUAAUUAGAACAUCAUCCAAAUAAACAACAACGUAAGAAUGACACGUUGGCUGCCAUACGUGUUUUCAAAGGAAUCUCAAGAAUGAUCUCUCGUUUCGUUUGUUCGCAACCAUAUUAUGCAACUAAAAGACGUCGAAUGAACCGAACAAAGGCACAAAAGAAUUAGUUGCUGUUUUCUUCAAAGUCUAUUGUCCAAAUCGUCCAACUAGGGUAAAUAAUGCUGUAUAUUUCCUAGAAUUAGGAUGAAUAUUAGCAGCUGAUAAAGAACAAUGGUUACGAGAAGAAAAUCGUGUCGCCCACCGCCCACAAAAUCAAUCGUAUAACACUACGCACAUAUUUAAACGAAGUGCUACCAAUCUACAACCACAAGCUUUUAGCCAACCAUCAAGUGACCGAAUGAAAUUAAAAUAUUCCAAAUGUUCGCGAAUCGGACACACAGCCGAGAUGUGCUACUCUCGAAAUUUUCCAUUCGGCAGCCAAGGAAAUAUCCCACUUCGAGUAUAUCAAACAACAAAGAAUCCACGGUAACAAAUUAAAAUCUUGGUUUACAAUAAGGUUUUAAUUUUUCAGGAAAGCGACCAUAAUAUGGAUAAUUCUAAUUUUUGAAUACAUUAAAAGUGAUCUAGUAGUAAGAUCACUAAAUUAGACCAACGUUUUCUUAGAACAUACUGAUGAUUGCUAUUUGUAUAAUGAACGAAUAGAUAUCACUCUUAUAGUGGACCCUAGGGACCCAAUCGAUUACAACAUGUAAUUGAGUUAAUAGACGGCAAUGCAAACCACCUUGCGCUUAUAAACCAGAAAUAAACAAUCUAAAAAUCAUAUAUAGAAAUCUCCAAAACCUAACACAUCAACUCAAAUUGUUAUUACACUGUAAAAGCAAACGCGGACUACUCAACAUCAUAGACUCAGUAUCUAAAACCCUAUUCGGAACUCUUGACGAAAAAGAUCUAGAACUCAUUAACAAAAAUAUCGAUAACGAGAAAAACGAAAUAUUGAUCUCUUUACUAAUUCAGACUUAAUUUACCAUAUCGGAGCUUCAUAUUAAUAUCGACGAAAUUUUUAACACUGUUAUGUCAGGAAAACAAGGAAUCAUAAACCCACGAAUUAUAGAACCCAUGAAUUAUGGAAGACAACGAAUGGAAAAUAACAAAAAUUUAUCCGAUACCUUUCAAGCCAAACUUUGUAUUUAUCGCACCUGUAGUAGAAACUGACUUAACACUAACCAACUCGGAACAAUACACCUUUGUCGAUAGCCACUACUUAAACAAAUAUUGUAAACGAACGGCAAUCAUCCACGUUUGUAAAAGAACUCAACCAGGCCACAAUAGAAUCAAUUCACCUGAACGUAAAAUCGAAUUAAUUAAUAAUCAACAGACAGUCAAAACUUGCCCAACUGCUGUAUUCAAGCUGGAGGAAUUGACGUUCGUACCUUUACAGACUGAAAAUCAUUAUAUCAGUAUCCCUACGAAAAGUGACAGAUCGACGUAUUAUGUAAAACGCAUAAAAUCUUAGAAAUCAAACAACCGAGUUUAAUUAGCAGCAAAACUGGAUGUAUAAUCACAUACGACCGUAAUAUUAUGAAAAUAGGAGGGAACAACAAUAUUUCUUACGAAAUCAAAAUUAAGAACAGUUCACAUAGUUUCAAAGAAAUAGACAUCUCAACGCUAGAGGAAAUAUUAGAAACGGCUCCAAAGGUAACUCACAACUUUAAUCAGUACAGGAUAAGCUCGGUUACAAAUCAAGUCAAUACUCUACAAUUCGAACAACGUACGAGGCGAUUGUAACGUCAAUCCACAUCAGAGACCAGGCCGCUGUCACGAUCGGCUCACUUUAAAAUCGCAGAUAAAGAUGUGGCGGCACUCGGCGACAAUGUAUAACGCCGAAGUGCCUAAUGAGCCAUCAAUAUCCCAACGAUCCUUCCGCCGAAUAUUCGAGGAGAAGGCGUGCGUGGCGGCGAUCGCGGAUGCCUAACAAACUCAAGGAUAGUGGGGAUAUUGAGGGGUGACAAAAGACAAAUAACCGAAUCCGAUCGGAAGUCGAGUUGUAAGAAUCAGUGUUAAAAAGUUACGCCUAGAGCUCGGAAGAAAAAUUGUGAAUUGUGUUAGAAGAAAAAUAAAGUUUUUUUUUUCUCUAUUUUUUUGUUGUUGUUGUUCUCUUGUGUUAUUUUACGUGACACAUGCUUCGGGAGCGGGCCUAGCCACGUGUGAUGUUGCCUUGGAGGUGCCGAUACAAUGGGACAUACAUUGUAUUAAUAAUCAAACUGCAGGCAGAAACUGCCUAGCAACGGCGUUUGGAACUUUCUAGAUGCUUCCAAACGAGUAUAGAAAACAAAUGCAAUCGUAUAGCGAGGAAAAUCUCCACGAGGCUGGUGUCACGACCAGCAUACUUCAAAUCCGAUGGACUGACGAUAGAGAUAAAGAUGUGGCGGCACUCGGCAACAAUGUAUAUCGCUGAAGUGCCUAAUGAACCAUCAACAUCCCAACGGUCCUUCCACCGAAGGUUCUAGAAGAAAGAGCACGUGGCAACGAUCGCGGACGCCAAGCAAAUGCAUGGACGGUGGGGAUGUUGAGGGAUGACAAAAGAAAGUAAUCGGAUCCGAUCGAAAGUAAAAUCAUAAGAGUCAGUCUUAGAAAGUCACGCCUAGAGUUCGGAAGUAGAUUGUAAAGUGUAUUGAUGUUAGAAAAAAAAUAAAGUUUUCUUUUUUUAUUUUUUACCUCAAAUUCCUUUUUUUAUUUUGUUAUUUUACGUGACAUUUUAGCGAUCCUGCCAGGAUAGUGAAAAGUGUUUGUUCGGAAACCAAAAGACAUUCAUCAUCUACGGAAGAUCGAAUUAUUUGGGACUACGGUCAUCCGCAACAACAAAGUAACUAUCACGAACCAAGUGAAGUAACAAUAAAAGGUAAACUGAAUUCCUUUGUACGUUACCGUGAAAGAAAAUUUAGCUUCAGUAGCCAAGACUCGUCUUCGUCUGAAAAUUAUAAAUCAGCGCAAUAAUGUCUAAGGCAAAUGAAUCUCAAACUUCAACCUCAACUGACCCAAUGUUGCGAGCAAUAUGGGACAGUAUUCAAAAACAGAACGAGAACAUUGCCCUUUUACGAGAGGAAAUGUUACGUUUGUCUAUGCAAAAUGACGAAGAGAACAGACACAGGGCAGUAGAAAUCGAGAAUCUCGGGAAAACCGUCGCAGCGCUACGGACUGGGUUCGAAUCCCCUGCGACCGAUGAAUUUGCUUCCAUUAUCACCGAAGACAAUGAAAGUGCGUCGACAGCAAUCAAUCGCACCGUGAAUAUGGCAAAAGCACGCAAACUGUCAGGGUUAGCAGCUCCAGACACCCCACCUGUCCACCUCGACAUCGAACAACCCGAGGUGGAAGAAAGAGGCUACUUUCCGCCCGCUCCUCCCACUCUACGAGCUAAGGAUGCAAUACGCUACAUCCCAACGCUCAACGGAGAUGAUGAUGUAGGAGUUGAAGACUUCAUCAAAGAAGUGAGAAGUAUGAAGGAUCGCUGUAUGGAGCAAGAUCUAUUGCUAAAAGCAAUAAAAGUGGAAAAAAUCGUGGGGAAAGCAGCCCAAAGUAUUCGCAACAUUCCUAUUGAGUGUUACGGUGAUCUGUACGACGCACUGAGAAAUAACUUAGCAGCACAAGUGACUUCGGAUGAGUACCAAGAACAAUUGCGAGAGUUGAGACAGGGACGCGAGGAAUCAGUGCAAAGUUUUAAUAUUCGGUUUAGAAGAAUACUCAACCGUUUGCUGUACGCAGUAACCAAUGAGUACCCACAACCACUAACACGUAAAAUUAUGACUGAAGAAAUCACGAAGAAGACUGUUCGUGUGUACCUAAAGGGACUCAGACGCGACAUAGGGCGAAUACUAUUAAGCAGUGAACCCUUGAAUCUUCCGGAAGCUGAAAAAAAGGCAGCCGAUGUAGAACGCUGCUUGCGAGAAGAACGACAACCUAAUUGGUCAUAUAAUCGCUUACCUUCGGUUAGUAAUCGCCCCGACAACCAGCAUAUGCAGAAAAUAGAUCACCUGCUGAACGCGCGCAGAUGAAGUGCUUCAAGUGCGGAAAGCUGGGACACAUUGCCAACAAGUGUCAAAAUUUUCUACCACCGAGCCAGCGCGAUCGACCACCCGCAAGGAUUCAGGCAGUCCAGGAAUGGGACGAAAUACAAGAAACAACAUCGAACCAGGAGAUGGACGAACCGUACGAGACAUACGAGUCAACAUCGCCACGGGAAGACUACUCGCAAUACCUUUGUCAACCCGAACCGAAGAGCGAGUAUUUCUGGUCGACACAGGAGCAGGGAUAAACCUGGUGAAACAGGACCAAGAUCAAUCUAACCAGGGGGGUAUGUCACGACCGGCAUACUUCAAAUCCGACGGACUGACGAUAGAGAUAAAGAUGUGGCGGCACUCGGCGACAAUGUAUAUCGCUGAAGUGCCUAAUGAACCAUCAACAUCCCAACGGUCCUUCCACCGAAGGUUCUAGAAGAAAGAGCACGUGGCAACGAUCGCGGACGCCUAGCAAAUGCAUGGACGGUGGGGAUGUUGAGGGAUGACAAAAGAAAGUAAUCGGAUCCGAUCGAAAGUAAAAUCAUAAGAGUCAGUCUUAGAAAGUCACGCCUAGAGUUCGGAAGUAAAUUGUAAAGUGUAUUGAUGUUAGAAAAAAAAUAAAGUUUUCUUUUUUUAUUU